AUGCUAUUGAUUGCGGCCUUUGGAGUUCUUUCAGCACUAGUUGUGCCCACAGGUGAGUGUGCUGAAUAAACCACUCAAAAAAGUGUUGAAUAUAAUUCCGUUCCGAUUUCAGUUCAACAAUGCUUCGACUCGGAUGGGGCCUGCGCAUCGUGGGUGGCCUCAGAUCGUGGCGCAUGUGACCGUAAAGAGUACAUCAAGAAGAACUGCCGUAAAAGUUGUGGAUCGUGUCCAAAAUAUGAAGCCAAAUUUGAUACUCGACGACUAAACCCCCAACUUCAGCCGCUAGUCCAAAUGGUUGGGAGGUGGAAGGGAGAGCAUACUGGUAAAGUGACGUUCCCAACGAUUCCGACGUUCAAGUACAGUGAAGAAGUGGAGAUUUCGAUUCCAGAAGGAAGUAGCAUAAGAUCGCUGAAUUAUACGUAAGUUUCACGUUCUUUAUAGCGAUCCGAUCAGCACCAAAAUGUGUUUCUUAGUGCCGCCGCCUGGUCCAGUGAUAAUGAAGACCUGCACCGAGAGUCCGGAUACAUAACUAUCAAGCCGAAUACCCGCGAAGUCAUCCUCACAACAGUCAUGUCAAACGGGUUCAUCACAGUAGAAGAAGGACCGUUGUCCGGAAACAAUAUCAAGUUUGUGCUCAAAGAUAUUGGAAGGAUCAGUUUUGUGAGAGAUGAACAUUUGCACAAUGUAAGCUACUAUAACGAACGUGUCGAUUCGACUGCUUUUCCUUUCAGCUGAUCCGCGAAUGGACGCUGGAUCGGACGUACCUCAGAGCUCGCCUGAGCAUCCAAACUCUCUCGCAUCGGAUGCAGGAACACACUUCGAUUUUGUACACUAAAAUUUCUGCAUAG